AUGCCACUGAAACGCUCCUUAAAAGAAUCAAUCGAAAGAUUAUCUAGUUUUCAAUCAAAAUAUAAUAUUUUCACUAGUAUCAAUCCAUCUCCUUAUUCAAUCACAAAUAAAAAAGGUACAAAAGAAACAUUGACAGGUUGCGUUGCCAGUAUCAAGGAUAAUAUAGUUACAAAAGAUUUUCCAACCACAUGUGCCUCACAUAUACUUGAGAAUUUCAAGUCUCCCUUCGAUGCAACAGUAGUGAAACUAUUAAAACAGGCAGGAGUGCAUAUCUUAGGCAAGACAAAUUUAGAUGAAUUUGGAAUGGGUUCUGGGGGAGUACAUUCAAUAAGAGGGCCCGUAAUUAACCCUUUAUAUCCUCAUGAGGACAAGAAGAUCAUGGGAGGUUCAUCGUCUGGAGCCGCUGCAAGCGUUGCUUGCGAUCUAGUCGAUUUUGCCUUGGGAACAGAUACUGGUGGCUCCGUUAGGCUCCCCGCAUGCUAUGGAUCUGUUUUAGGAUUCAAGCCGUCCUAUGGACGGUUGUCAAGAUUUGGCGUAAUAGCGUAUUCUCAAUCUUUAGACACUGUUGGCAUACUUAGCAAAAAGAUAAACGUCUUGCGAAAAGUAUUUCAUACGCUCGAUAAAUAUGACAUGAAAGAUCCCACUUCCUUAAGUGUGGAAUUGCGUGAAUUGAUAGAAGGGAAUAAAAAGGUUAGGAGACCUUUAAAGGUAGGAAUUGUAAAGGAAUUUAGCCAUGAAAGUAUGCCCAUUGGGUUCCACAGAUUAUAUUUAUCCUUACUAGAAAAGCUGAUAAAUUUAGGGCUUGAAAUAUACCCUGUAUCCAUUCCAUCUGUAAAAAACUGUUUACCGAUUUAUUAUACGCUAUCACCCGCUGAAGCGGCUUCCAAUUUAUCAAGGUAUGAUGGUAUCAGAUAUGGAUACAGAGAUUCAGAACUCGAUAUAAAAGACGGUAUUUUAUUCGCACCUACUAGGUCCAAAUUCGGAACAGAAGUUAAGAAUAGAAUCAUUCUAGGUAAUUAUAAUCUUUGUUCAGAUGCAUUUAAGAACAAUUUUAUUAAGGCAGAAAAGCUACGAGUUAAUUUGAUCGAUGAAUUUGACGGGAUCUUCAGAUUUCCAAAUGUUUUAACUAAUUCUAAGGGAAAUCCAGACGGCCUAGAUCUACUGAUAGUUCCCACAUCGUCCAAGCUUCCUGGAUCCAUAAGGGACUUCGAAGAAGAGGAAGCCAAAUCUCCGGCUAACUCGUAUAUAAACGAUGUCUUUACUGUCCCAAUGUCAUUGGCUGGACUACCAAGUUUAUCAAUGCCUUUAAAAGAGAAGACCCCGAUUGGCUUACAGGUAGUAGGUCAAUAUGGUGAUGAUUCCACUGUGUUAGAUUUUGUCGAGUCAAUAUCAUAA